GGCAAUGAUGGCUGGAUAAGAGUACAGUGGGAUUCUGGUGAGUACCAAUAGUUACCGUAUGGGGGAAGGAAGGGAAGUAUGACCUAAAAACUAGCAGAACCUCCUGAGAUGCCCGACAAUGAUGAAGAUGAUGAUGAAGAAUUAGCACCAAAUAAAGACUUAAAGAAAACUGAAAGUAAACAUCCAACAUCUUUGAUAAGAAAAGCAACAUUGACCUUACUGAGGGUUGUAUCCGUGGCAACAGGAAUACAUUCAGAAUCCACACAGAAAGAAGCUGUAGGUACAUUAUGUGGGCUGAUGAGGAAUAUAGUGGAUUGUGGAUGUAAUUAUGGACUAAAUGCCAAUUCAGUGUCUGUACAGAUCGCCUGCGAGCAACACUAUAGCUGGUGUUCUCUGGGAUUUCUUCGUAGCAUAGCAACAGGACCGACAGUCUGCCAAGCUCUCAGUUCACAGAGAUGGGUGGAUCUUCUCCUGAAGAUCUUGGAGGAAGAAAAAGCACAUAAACAAGCCAAUGUUUCUAAACAGAUACUGACAAUAAAGCUUUUGAGAACUGUACUUCCAUCUUGGGAUCAAAAUGUAGAGGAAGCUAGGGUCCAGACCAUUGUUAAUAGACUUAUACACUUACUGGGAUCCAUUCUGGUUUCCUGCUCAGCUGACCCAACACUUGUUCCACAUGUGGAUUCUCCAAGACGUCAACGUCACCGAGCACCUGUCUCCUUGACAGCAUCGUAUACUAGCACUGUUGCCGAGGAACUUGUUCUGUUGCUAAGGAAGCUUCACACCCUAGAUACAUGGAAUGUGUGUAUCAAUCAGCUGAUGGUGAAACAUCUGAGAUCCUUGCCACAUAUCAUGUUGGACCACCAUGUCGGUGCUAAGAAUGACCCAUCAUUGGCUACAGAUGAAGCCUCUGUCCUGGCAAUGUUGGCAGUAAUUGGUGGAGUAGACAGCAGGCCCCGCCUUGGAGGUGUGGUUAAAAUAGACGAUGUUGGCAUGGGAACAAUAUCUAAGAUAACGCCUCGUGGAAAGAUUCUAGUGCAGAUGAAUGAUGGAAAUGUGACAUCAUCCAGACUGAAUACUCUCAUACCAGUACAGUGUUUGGAGUUUGAUGUGGACAAGUUGUCCGUGUCGGAGGAGAUUGUGAACAUGCUGGCUACGAUGUUGUGCCUGGCCUGCCACAUAUACAAGGGGGAGAAAGAUGGUCGGGACUCGGACAAGGCACCACUGGCCACAAGUACAACCACUGUAGAGUCUGAAGGAACAAGGGUUGACAUGGCAGAUUUGAGGAAGCAGCAGAUCAAACUUGGUAUGUUACGAGCCGGCCGAGUUCUCUUGCAACACCAGAAUUUCCUCCGUAAAAUCCUCACCCAGGUUACACUACCGGAACUCCAGCAUGCCGAGGUUGAUAAUAGCCCUAGUGACGAUGAUUACUCACCAGAUACGGGAGAAUCACCCAACACCAUAUUACAACAGUUUUUAAUGUCUGCUACGCAGCCCUCACCGCUAAAAGCUUUAUUUGGUCGUGACGAGUUAGAGGCGGCUUGUUUGUCCGUCUGUCAGUAUCUUACAGCAUCUAGAGACUGCUUCGAGGAGGAGAUUGAUGAGUCAGACUCAGACAGUGAGGUUGCACCGUACCAAGCUCCCUUACCUGCACCAGCUGUCAUACCAAUUGUGAAUCCAGCUGUGCCGACGGUUCUUGGGAAACCUAAAUUGAAGAAGAGUCGACCUAGUGUACCUCCACCUUUACCAGAAGUGACCAGAAUUAUGGAGAUGGGAUUCCAACGAAAACAGGUGGAAUUCGCCAUCAAAUCUCUUGGAGGUUCAUUGGCUUCGGCAUCAGAUAUACCAAGUCCGGAGUCUGUGGUGAACUGGUUAAUCGAGCAUGUAGAAACAUUGCCGGCGGAAGAUUCAGACUCGGACAGUGUGUCAUCGGUGGACUAUGACUCGGACACUGACUCCACGUCAGAUGUGUUUGAAGAUCUGGAUUCUUCUGGAGAGUUAUUACUAUCGGUGGUUUUGGGUAACAACACUAACCAAGCAUACAAGAAGCGUGCAGAUUUUGCGACAGAUGACGAAUAUGCUAUGUAUAUUAGAGACAAUAUACAGGUUGGCAUGUCGAUAAAAUGUUGCCGGGCGUAUGAGGAGGUGCAUGAGGGGGACAUUGGGAAGGUUAUCAAGUUGGACAGAGAUGGCCUUCAGGAUUUGAACAUACAAGCAGACUGGCAGAGAAAGGGCGGUACAUACUGGGUCAGAUAUGUUCAUGUUGAGCUGCAAGGAUUUAUCAAUACAAACUCUAGUAUUAAGGUUGGGGACAAGGUUCGGGUGAAGCCUAGCAUAGUUACACCAACAUACAAAUGGGGUUCAGUGACUCAUCGCAGUGUAGGUACAGUGACGGCCAUUAUAUCUAAUGGAAGGGAUAUUACUGUAGACUUCCCUCAGCAGGCUCACUGGACCGGUGUCCUGGACGAGAUGGAGCUUGUACCCAGUACCCAUGCUGGAGUCGGAUGCGAUGAGUGCAGUAUGUUUCCCAUUGUGGGGGUUCGUUACAAGUGUCGUGUGUGUGACGACUUUGAUUUCUGUGAGAACUGCUUUAAAACCAAGAAACAUAGGCAUCCAUUCAGUAGAAUUGCUGAACCAGGUGGUCUACCAGUACCAGCGGGUAAACCUGGUAAACAGAAGAAGAGACCAGUUUAUCCAACAAGCGGUUCUCUGAUUGAAGACUGGCAUAUGUGUGUGAAAAACUUGAGUGUAUCUACACGAGAAAACCAGUCACAUAGACUGAUCGAGGGCAAUAGUGGCUACUGGCAGAGUGCUGGCUCCCAGGGCAAGCAUUGGAUCCGAAUAGAGAUGCUACCUGAUAUUCUAGUGAAUCGUUUAUUUAUGAGGGUCGAGCCAACAGAUUCCAGUUACAUGCCGUCCCUGAUUGUGAUAAGUGGUGGGGACUCUGUCCAUUCCCUGAAGGAGAUACGAUCAAUCAACAUUGGUUCUUCUGAAUCACUGAUUACCCUGCUGCAGGACUGCUCCGACUAUUAUAGAUAUAUAGAGAUUGCCAUUAAACAGUGCAGACAGAGUGGAAUUGAUUGUAAAAUCCACGGUCUGUCUCUUGUCGGACGUUUCCGGUCCGAUGAUGACUCGGCUGCCGGGUUCUCAUUCCUCGCCUCAGACCGUGAGGACGAGGAAGAAGACUCGAGGUUGCUACCAAUACCGUGCGUGAAACGUAAAGUCAAAGGAGCUGGAAAAGAGAUUCAAACUCAUGUCUUUACUUGGGGUUUAAAUGAUAAAGAUCAGCUUGGAGGUCCGAAAGGGUCAAAGAUCAAAUUGCCAGUGUUGAAUGAGACAUUAUCAGCAUUGAAGUGUGUACAGAUUGUAGGUGGAUCUAAGUCACUCUUCUGUGUGACCCAGGAGGGUAAGGUUUACGCAUGUGGGGAGGCUACCAAUGGUAGACUAGGGCUUGGUAUGAAUACAGGGACGGUAUCUGUGCCCAGACAACUUACAGCACUCAGUCAGUAUGUCAUCAAGAAAGUGGCAGUGCAUUCUGGAGGUCGUCACGCCCUAGCUUUAACUGUGGACGGGAAAGUUUUCUCAUGGGGCGAAGGUGAUGAUGGCAAACUUGGUCACUUCAGUAGAAUUAUACUUAACUAUUACAGGAAUUGUGACAAGCCAAGAUUGAUAGAUGCCCUGAAGUCAAAGCGUGUACGUGACAUCUCCUGUGGAAGCUCCCAUAGUGCAGCUAUCACAUCUAAUGGUGACCUUUAUACCUGGGGAUUAGGGGAAUAUGGAAGAUUAGGGCAUGGUGAUAACACCACACAGCUAAAACCGAAACAGGUAAAGGAGCUAGCAGGACAGAGGGUUAUACAGAUUGCAUGUGGCAGUAGAGAUGCUCAAACUCUUGCCCUCACUGACGAGGGACUGGUAUAUUCCUGGGGUGACGGGGAUUUCGGGAAACUUGGACGUGGAGGUAGUGAGGGGUGUAAUGUUCCAAAGGAGAUUGACAGAUUGAGAGGUCUUGGUGUGACCCAGAUUGAGUGUGGUGCCCAGUUUUCACUGGCAAGGACAAAAUCAGGACAAGUUUGGACAUGGGGCAAGGGAGACUAUUUUCGACUAGGUCACGGGACUGAUGCCCAUGUAAGGAAGCCGACCCUUGCUGAAGGUCUUGUUGGGAAGAAGAUCGUGCAUGUAGCUGUAGGAGCGCUUCAUUGUCUAGCUGUCACAGAAACAGGACAGGUAUAUGCAUGGGGUGAUAAUGACCACGGUCAGCAGGGAAACAGUACCACAACAGUGAACCGGAAACCAGCUCUUGUACAUGGUUUAGAAGGCUACAAGAUCACCAAGGUGGCUUGUGGGUCCUCUCAUAGUGUAGCAUGGGCCACAACAGACUUGUCCACCCCUAUGACACAUGAACCUGUCCUAUUCUCUACUUCUAGAGAUCCUCUAGGAGCAACUAAUUUAGGUAUAAUAGAGGGGAACAAUGAGGAUCAUUCACCAAACUUGUCCACGUCGUCUCACACUAAAUCUUCACGACCUUCACUUGCCAAGGUCAUACUCUCACAGGAAUCUGAUGUUUCCAAGCAACAGGCUCUUACAAAUGUCCUGACAGCCUUGCAGAUAAUGUAUGCUAGAGAUGUGGUUGUAAGUGCAUUGAUGAAGGAAUGUCAGGCCGUACCUGCUCCAAACCCCAUGUUGACCUCAUUGUCCCAUGCUACAGCCACGCCCAGGAGUAUGACUCCCACACCGAGCAUGGACUCUAGUUUGGUGGCCUCCACAUCACAGCAAGCGGACAUGGCAUCAGUGAUUGACCACAAUGACAUUGGUGUGUCGUUGGUUGAUUCCACACAGGAGAUCACACUAGAGGAGCAUCAUGCAUUUCCCAGCAUGCAUUCCUUGGCUUCAAAGGUUUCCAAGGUAACGAGUAUCAUGGCAGAGACCUUCACCUCACCUGAUGAGGUCACCAGCACUAUGGAGUCACAUGAACCACAAGUUAUAUUGUCAGGUCUGGAUGAAUUCACAAGCAGACUUAGUCCGGAUGAUUCCAGGGUGUUGGUUGACCUACUUAAACUGUCUGUGGCUGGCCGUGUAGGCAACAGCGGUAAAGAGACACUGUCUGAGGUCCUCACUGGGUUAGCCAAGUCAAACCCUGCUGUGGCGGAGAUGCUGCUCGAACUCUGUGUGACAGAGCUAGAGGAUGUGGCAGCUGAUCGGGACUCGGGCCGGUCCCUGGCCCAGCCUAUUGUACAGGAGAGCCCACAUCCAUACACUGAUGAUACCUCACUGGCAGGUCAUGUUAAAAUACCAGGAGCUGAGGCAUUGAGGAUUGAGUUUGAUAGAAGAUGUUCUACUGAGAGAAGACAUGAUCCACUGACUAUAAUGGAUAGUGCUGGUAGAAACCUCACUGUUAGAUCAGGACGUGAAUGGACAGACUGGUCAUCAGAGUUACGUAUCCAAGGUGAUGAGAUACGCUGGAAGUUUACAAGUGACGGUUCAGUCAAUGGCUGGGGUUGGUAUUUCACUGUAUAUCCCAUAAUGCCAGCUGCCGCACCAAUGGACAUGUUGUCUGAUCGUACUGUACUUUCACGACCUUCAAUAGACCUGGUCACGUGCCUGCUGGGUUUCAAACUGGAAGUGAAUAUGGAUAGAAACAUCAUCGCCAGACUGGCUGCAUCCCUGGCUGCAUGUGCUCAGCUCAGUUCACUUGGGGCAGCUCAGAGGAUGUGGGCUUUACAGAAGUUGAGACGUCUUAUCAGUGCUAACUUUGGACAGACCCUUAAUGUGAAUGAACUGUUGUUGAGUCCAACACUAGACACAGAUCAAGAUCUGUCGAGAUCAUUUUCUGUUCCCUUGACGAGUACAGCAUUAUCCUCGCUUGUGAAAGGUUUACCCGAGGCCUUACAGAGACAGUACGAAUACGAGGAUCCGAUAGUACGCAGUGGCAAACAUCUCAUGCAUAGUCCUUUCUUUAAGGUACUGGUAGCUCUAGCCUGUGACCUUGGUUUAGACUCAUUGACCUGCUGUACAGAGAUGGCUCACAAGUGGGCCUGGUUCAGGCGUUACUGUAUGGCAGCCAGGGUGGUAGCGGCCAUUGUGAAGAGAGGAAAACUGCCAGCGACGUUCCUGGAUGAGGUGAUGAAGAAGAUACAAGACAUCGCUGAUGACGGAGAGAACAUUACAACAGACCAUGCUGAUCAUACUAUAUUUAAACAGGAGUUGGAUGAACAGCUUCUACUGUGGAUGAAUAGAAAACCUGAAGACUGGACACUAUCUUGGGGAGGAAGUGGUCAGAUCUGGGGCUGGGGUCACAAUCAUAGAGGUCAGCUUGGCGGAGUUGAAGGGGCAAAGGUGAAGUUACCAGUGAGUUGUGAGUCAUUGUCGGGUUUAAGACCACUACAGUUGAUUGGUGGGGAGCAGACGUUGUUUGCUGUAACAGCAGACGGCAAGGUAUAUGCGACUGGUUAUGGGGCAGGUGGCAGACUGGGUAUAGGUGGUACAGAGUCAAUUUCCACUCCAACACUACUCGAGUCUAUACAACAUGUGUUUAUAAAGAAGAUAGCGGUUAAUUCUGGAGGGAAACAUUGUCUAGCCCUGUCAGCUGAGGGGGAGGUGUACUCCUGGGGCGAGGGAGAAGAUGGGAAACUAGGACAUGGAAAUAGAAGUCCAUGUGAUAGACCUAGGGUGAUUGAGUCACUACGAGGCAAGGAGGUGGUAUCUAUAGCUGCAGGAGGAGCUCACAGUGCAUGUAUAACAUCUAGCGGGGAACUGUACACCUGGGGUAAAGGCAGGUACGGCAGACUGGGACAUGGUGAUAGUGAGGACCAGUCUAAACCUAAAAUGGUUGAAGCACUGAAGGGUCAGCGUGUGACAGAUGUAGCAUGUGGUAGUGGGGAUGCCCAGACACUGUGUAUUACAGAUAAUGAUUGUGUCUGGUCCUGGGGUGACGGGGAUUAUGGAAAACUUGGUCGUGGAGGUAGUGAUGGUUGUAAGGUUCCUAUGAAGAUCGAUGCACUACAGGGUGUAGGUGUUAUCAAGGUGGAAUGUGGAUCACAAUUCUCUGUAGCCCUCACUAAAUCAGGGGCUGUCUUCACAUGGGGUAAAGGUGACUACCAUAGACUGGGACAUGGAAGUGAUGAUCAUGUUAGACGUCCCCGUCGGGUCUCGGCUCUUCAAGGCAAGAAGGUUGUAGAUAUAGCCUGCGGUUCCCUGCACUGUGUGGGAUGUACGGAUAUGGGCGAGGUGUACUCUUGGGGAGAUAAUGACGAGGGACAACUGGGGGAUGGGACAACCAAUGCCAUACAGAGACCCAGACUAGUGGCAGCUUUACAAGGUAAAAAGAUCAACAGAGUUGCUUGCGGGUCUGCCCAUAGUUUAGCAUGGUCCACAAACAAACCAGUCAGUGCUGGCAAGUUGCCAACUGAUGUUCCAAUGGAAUACAAUCAUUUGCAGACGAUACCAAUAACAACCUUGAGAAAUAGACUGGUACUCCUACAUCACUUCUCUGACUUGUUCUGCCCGUCAAUCUCAAUGUUUGAUCUGCAGGAUACCAGUCAAGAUAAAGGGGAGGUGUUCACUGGGCUAGAUAAACUACGAGGGGUGAUAGUCUCUAGUGCAAAGGAAACAGCAUUUAGGAAAGUAGUACAAGCCACAAUGGUGCGUGACAAGCAACAUGGUCCUGUCCUAGAAUUGAAUAGAAUACAGGUGAAGAGAUCUCGAGGGAAAGGCGGAGUUGCUGGCCCUGACGGUAUCAAGUCGGUAUUUGGACAGAUGUCACAACAGAUGGGAGUGUUUGGAGCAGACUCCUUAAUGCUGCCUCACAGGAUCUGGAAAGUCAAAUUUGUUGGUGAGUCUGUGGAUGACUGCGGUGGAGGUUACAGUGAAAGUAUUGCUGAAAUGUGUGACGAGUUACAGAAUGGUUCCCUGUCUCUCCUUAUUGUAACACCAAAUGGUAGAGAUGAGUCGGGAGCCAACAGAGACUGCUUCCUGCUUAACCCAAUGUUGAAAACACCAUUACAUCAGAACAUGUUUAAAUUCCUAGGUAUUUUGAUAGGUAUUGCUAUCCGUAGUGGAAGCCCUCUCAGUAUAAACCUAGCAGAGCCACUAUGGAAACAGUGUGCAGGAAUGCCCCUUACCAUAGGUGAUCUGACCGAGGUGGAUAAAGAUUUUGUACCAGGUCUAAUGUGUAUUAAGGAGAUGGAUGAGGUAGAUUUAAGGCGAGCAGAUAUGCCGUUCAGUGUACCCAGUUCUAACGGUCAGGAAAUACACCUUAGUAACAAGUAUGGCAAGAUCACCCCAGAAAAUAAAUCAGAAUAUAUCCGACUAGCAAUGAACUACAGGUUACAUGAGUUUGAUGACCAGGUAAAAUGGGUGAGAGAGGGAAUGAGUAAAGUAGUCCCUGUACCACUACUGUCACUGUUCACCGGCUUAGAGAAAGAAACCAUGGUUUGUGGAAGCCCAGAUAUCCCUCUAAAUCUUCUGAAAUCUGUGGCCACGUACAAGGGCGUGGAUGCCACAGCUCCAUUAGUUCAGUGGUUCUGGGAGGUGAUGGAAGAGUUCUCUAAUGCUGAGAGGUCAUUGUUUCUAAGGUUUGUCUGGGGACGGACAAGACUGCCUCGUACCAUAGCUGACUUCAGAGGCAGGGACUUUGUCCUACAGGUAUUAGACAAGUAUCAUCCACCAGACCAUUUCUUGCCAGAGAGCUAUACCUGCUUUUUCUUGCUGAAAAUGCCUCGAUACUCGUGCAAGCUGGUUCUUAAGGAGAAGCUCAAAUACGCCAUACAUUUCUGUAAAUCUAUAGACACAGAUGAUUACGCCCGUGUCGCUCUGACAGGCGAGGAGGAAAUGACGUCGGACGGAACUGAUGAAUCAGAUGAAGUACAGUCAUUUAAUUCUGACGGGGAGAUCUCGGACCUUGAUAACAGCUUUUAGGAACUGGAAACUUCGAAAAUUAUAAAAAUAGAAUUCUAAGGAUGGAUUUUUAUCGAAAUUUUGUUCAAGAUUAUAAUAGAAAGUGACAGAGAACAUUAUAUAGAAAAAUGGCAAUUGAAGUUGUGGAAAUACUGACUCUUUUUUAAUUAAGCAUAAUGAAUACAUGUUAUUUUAGCCAUUUGUUCAUGUUUUGAUGAUUCGCUAUGAGUUUAAUGAUGAUUUUUAUCUAAUUUUUGAUGUAAAUGUUGGAAGCUAUUCUUGACUAUAGAUAUAACCCAAAUCUAUUCUGAAAUUAAUUUAAUAU